CGCUGGCAUCACAGAAAUGAUGUAACUGAGCUAAAGUAACUUCUCCAAAGCCUGGUGGCUUCAAACAUCUGCUCACCUCAAAUUUGUCCAACAGAUGCAGCUGUUGCAGCCACUCCAACCAUUCUUUAGAGACCGACUCAGGCACAGUGUCAUCCCAGCCUAUCCCUCUCCUGCACAGGUCUCUCAGCAUCUUCUUUGCUGUUAAAACCACAGGGCUCAGCAUUCCAAGGGGAUCGUAGAUGGAACUGACAGUCGAGAGGAUUCCUCUUCUGGUAAGUGGUCUAUCCUUCAGUACAAUUUUGAACUUGAAGGAGUCCGAUUUGAUACUCCAUUCCACACCCAGCACCCUCUCUACAGGUAGCGAGUCCAGCUCCAUGUCCAACCCUUCUGCACCUUUUGCUCUGUGGUUCUCUGAGAUGGCUUCCAGCACUCCAGUCCUAUUACUCAUCCAUUUCGUGAGUGAAAAUCCGCCUUUGGAACACAAGGAGACCAGGCUCCUGUAAAGCAACACUGCUUCCUUCUCUGUGGCUACUGACACAAGGCAAUCAUCCACAUAAAAGCAGUGCAAUAGCUUUUCCACUGCUUCCUCACUGUAGUGAUGCCCGUAGUCCUCUGUACACCUUCUCAGAGCGAAAUUGGCACAACUGGGAGAUGAUGUUGCCCCAAACAAAUGCACCUUCAUCCGAUGUUCAGUGGGUAGUUGACUCGAAUCCCCCUUUGGCCACCAGAGGAAUCUGAGGAGGUCUCUGUCAUCAGGAGGGACGUGUACCUGAUGGAACAUGGAUUCGAUGUCAGCCAUGAUCACAACUGGUUCCCUCCUAAAUCGGGUCACCACUCCAAUCAGCGAGCUGUGGACCAUUAACCGUCCAGCCCAGCAAAGUUCGAAUGGCAUAUGGUCCAUCAUCCACACUACACACGACUUCCAGUGGUUCCAGUGCUUUAGGAACAUUGGUUCCUAUAAGCAGCUCUAUUCCUGCAUCAAUCUGGGACUGAUGUUUGUUCUCCACGGGGCCUACAGUGGUAGCAAAGCUGCUCCCUUUGUUUCCAGGACGAAACUGUGGCUUGGGUCUGUUUAUUCCUCUAUUCAUGGUUAUUGGUUGAGAAUCUUGUAUGUUGCCAAACACCGGAUCUGUCAUGAUUUUCUCUUGCCUUUCAAUGAAGUCAACAAUGUCUGUGAACUUGGCUCUCCGGUUGUAUCGUUCCUGCAGCUCACAGGCACGGUUUCUCCAUUUAUCUCUAAGUUUGUAGGGAAGUUUUUUAAUGAUGCUCAACAUGUUGGAAGGCAUAUCCAUAUCCCAAAGAUACUGCACAUCCUCCAUGGCAUUGCAGCAGGCUCUGAGGAAGAGGCUGUAGUCCUGCAAGACCUUUACGUCUUCUGCUUUAAUUGGAGGCCAUGAGAGGGCUUUAUCCAUGUAAGCAGAGGCAACCCUUUGUUCGUUCCCGAACUGCUCCUUUAAUAAAGCUCUUGCUUUUGCAUAUCCUCGUUCUGGAUUCAUGUGUUGACAGCUUCUUACGAGCUCCUUUGCAUGACCUUUUGUGUGUUGUUCCAGAAAGUACAAACGAUCGCAGCUGUUAGUUGUGUUCCUCUCAACCCCAUUCUCAAAAGCUUUGAUGAAUGUGUGAUAUUUCAAUGGAUCACCGUCAUAAAUUGGAAUCUCUCUCUUAGGUAGAGAUGAGAGGCAUUGCUGUUGCAUUAGCAAUGUUGUUAUUUCGUUUUGCUUCCUCAUGAUGCCAAGAACGUCAUUUCUGGUUUCCAGAUCCACUGUGUUAAAUUCUUGU